AUGUUGACUCCAAACUCACAGCUGUCAGAGAGGUUCCAGUCUGGGAAUCCCUUUUCGCAUCGAAAGCUAUCACGGGAGGAAGUCGUCAAUGAGUUGGGCAAACAGAUUCUCUUCUUGGAAGGGAGGGUUCAAGAAUCGCGCUUCGAGCUUGAACGGACUCGCAAGGACAGAGAACAAAUGUACGAGGAGUUGCACCAAGCUCAGAUGAAGAUAGAUCAGUUGGAAUCUGAGAUCAGCAGGCUCAAAUAUGAAGGUGUAGAUAGUGUACAAGUCCAAAGGCUGCAGCGACAGCUCCAGUGUGUGACACAAGCAAACAAACUUCGAGAACAGGCGAUCGAAGACAUGUGUGUAUAUCUCAAUUGA